AUGGCAGUAAACGCGAUUGCCUCUCUCCCUGUUGGUCAAGCCAUCGUUGUAGAAAGAGUUGAACUUGAGAUUCAAUGCAAACUCGGCAGUGGAGCUUUUGGUGUGGUUUACAAGGCGCGGGACUUGCUAUGUAAUUAUCCUAUGUUUUACGCAUUGAAAGAUGUUGCCUGUUAUAAUACUGCCUCCCUCGGCAAGGCCAUCAGCGAAGUAGAAACUCUUCGUCGCGUAGAUCACGAAUUUAUUGUUAAAAUCAUUGCCGCGGAUCAGUUUGUAGACUGCCGAGGAGGGUUUCACGUUCUAAUUUUAACCGAGUACUGCUCGGGAGGUAAUCUAAACGACCGGUUAUCACGGCCGAGCAGCGAAGAGACCACUCUGAAAUGGUUGAGUCAACUGGCGAGUGCUUUAAGCUAUCUUCACUCAAGGCAAAUAGUCCAUCGUGAUUUAAAACCAGAUAAUGUCUUGCUGACAGAUUCCACGACUGAAGACUUAAAACUUGGCGAUUUUGGUCUGGCAAGAGAAUUCCUAGCUUUAAAGAGAGUCGGUACACAUAUCUCUCCUUGUGGCUUAGCGCAAUAUUACAUGCGUUCAGGUACAGGGCCUGCACACUGGAUGGCACCAGAGGUAUUCAGUUGCCAUUACACGGAGAAAGCGGACGUUUUCUCCCUCGGAGUUUUAUUCCACGCAAUUCUCGUUCGCGACUAUGCUUUUUCAACAAACGACAUAAGGUGGUACGGCGCUUUUGUGAAAAUUCCCGGGGGUGUUAAAGUUGGCCUUGGUUAUGCUAUGUCAAGGGUUGGUCCAGCUGCCAUGACCCAGUUUACUCGCGAUUAUUUACUGGGCGAGGAAAAUGGCUUUCGCGGCUUGAUCUUGGAUGCUUUGAGUUUUGUUCCACGGAUACGACCGAAAGCAGAAGAUAUUUUCUACAGGUUAGAGGAGAUCUGUACGUGUAUUCGUUUAAAAUGGUCUCAUGAGGAAACUCUUCGCGGUAGACGAGGCAGGAGGACGAAAACGCACCCAUCACGAAAGAGGGACAGAUGCAGCAUUUGCUAA